ACUUUCUUCCUCCACCUUCCUCCUCCUCCUCCCCCACCUCCACCUUCUUCCACCUUCCACCUCCACCUUCCACCUCCACCUUCCUCUACCUCCACCUCCUUCCACCUUCCCCCGGAGCCGCUGCAGCUCAUCACUGUGGAUCAUUGAUGUUUCCUCCGGUUCCUCCAGAGAACCGACCGGUCUUGGUUAGGGGCCGGUCUCCUCUGUUGCUCCGGAUCCGUUUCCGCGUUCCCGCCGCGGUGCGCACUGCAGCGGAGCUCCGAUCCGUGAUGUGAACAGAACGAACCGGUUCGUCCGGCUGAUCCAGCUCAGAGCUGCUGCUGGCGGUGCAGAAUGCGUCCAGCCAGAGGAAGAGGAGGAGAGACCGGCUGCUCUCUGAGAGGCCGAGAGGAAGCCUGAACCGUCUGAUCGAUCAUCGAUUGAUCGGUAAUAACCUGGACUAACCUCCGCUCCGUGCCGCUGCUUCAUGUCCCGGAGAUGGAGAGCUGCUGCCGGUCCUGCAUGCCGUGUUUCAGCCGGCUGUGGAACUGCAUCUGGCCGGACUUCCGCUACCCGACCACCACCAACACCGCCUCCACUAACCCGCAGCAUGUGAUCUCCAACCCGGCCGCGGAGCUCCGCACCGUGUCCGGAGACAUCCGCGUCCCGGCGCCCAAGAAGCGGCCGGUGCAGCUCUACGCGGCGCUGUUCGACUUCGUGGCCCGAAGCGACGACGAGCUGACGGUGAAGGAGGGAGACAAGCUGUCGGUGCUCGAGCAGCGGGGAGACUUCGUGCUGGCCAAGAAACUCACCGGAUCUCUGCAGUCCGGUCUGAUACCGGCCAACUACGUGGCUCUGCUGCAGGACGAGUUCGCCAAACACAAGUGGUACUACGGGAACAUAAACCGGGUGAAAGCUGAGAAGCUGCUGCUGGCGUCCCAAAACAAAGAUGGCUCCUUCCUGGUUCGCAUCAGUGAGAGUCACAGUGACGAGUACACGAUCUCUGCCCGGAGUGAGGGGAAAGUGUACCACUUCAGGAUCCAGCGCUCCACCAUCGGGGCGUACUUUGUGUCGGAUAAGAUCUCCUUCGCUACCCUGGGAGAGCUGAUCUCCUACUACCAGAAAAAACCCCAAAGCCUGGGAGUGCUGCUAGAGGAGCCCUGCGCCCAGCAGCGGGAGCUGUUCGACAUGGAGCCCUGGGAGAGACCUCGAGAGGAGUUCAGGCUCCACAAGAAGCUGGGAGAGGGACACUUCGGAGAGGUGUGGGAGGCUCUGUGGACCACGGAGAACAAGAAGGUGGCCAUAAAGACGCUGAAACAAGAGGACACGAAGCAGGACGAGUUUGUGAAGGAGGUCCAGGCGUUGAAGAGUCUCCAUCACCCGAAGCUGAUCCAGCUGUUGGCCAUGUGCUCCAGAGGAGAGCCGGUCUACAUCGUCACCGAACUCAUGAGCAAAGGAAGCCUCAAGUCCUACCUCGCCUCUGCUGAAGGCCAGGUGCUGACAUCAGCUCAUCUGAUCUACAUGGGCAGUCAGAUCGCGGAGGGCAUGGCCUACCUGGAGGACAGGAACAUCGUCCACAGGGACCUGGCCGCCAGGAACGUCCUGGUGGGAGAGGACCUGGUCUGCAAGGUGGCCGACUUCGGACUGGCUCGGAUCAUUAAGGACAGCGUGUACACAGCCAGUCGAAACACAAAGAUCCCAGUGAGGUGGACGGCGCCCGAAGCGGCGAUUUACCAGCGGUUCUCCGUGAAGUCAGACGUGUGGUCAUUCGGGGUGCUGCUGUAUGAGAUGAUGUCACGCGGCAAGAUGCCUUACGAAGGAAAAAGCAACAAGGAGGUGUUGGAUCUGCUGUCGUCGGGGUUCCGGCUGCCCUGUCCAACCCGCUGUCCUCAGAACAUCUACCGCAUCAUGAUGGACUGCUGGGCUGCCGAGCCCUCCAAGAGACCGUCCUUCCACGCCCUGCACAGCCAGCUGGACACCAUAUACGCCAGGAUAUAUUUCAAGACUAUCGAGGUAUAGGAGAAGCAGAUCGUCUGCAACAAUCAAUGGCAGGAUGGACUGCAAAUAUGGAAGGAAAGGGGGGAUGAGAAAUAGCAAGGAAUAUUCUCCUCCCCCAUGCAACCCCCACUUCCACAACAGGGUAUAUAUAUACUUUAAAAACACCAAGGUGUGAAAGGACAGAGGGAGGAGAGCGUCAGGAGUGAAUGAUGGAGAAGACGCUCGCCAAAUCAAAGAAGAACAAGGAGGAAUACUUUGUUUCUUAGGCUACAGCGAAGCGGACAAAUGAAGGAAUGAAAGUAGCCUGAGAACGGUGUGUAAAUACACUGAAACCCUCAGCACAUUCACAGAACCAAUGGUUUUUAAUUUUAUACCCUUUUUGUGUUUUAUAAAUAAUAUUUUAUUACCUCUGUAUGUGCCAUGUCUGUGGAUGCACACUUUGAAAUGUUAUGAAAUCACAGGUCACCUGUCUGUUGACUGCAGAGCCACAGGUCACCUGUCUGCAGAGCCACAGGUCACCUGUCUGCAGAGCCAGUGCUAAAAAUCAAGGUUAUGUGCAAUAAUUAAGAGCUUGCUGGGUUUUUAGCCACGCUAGCGGCCCGCUGCUACACAUGUUGGGGAAAUGUCUCGACACAGAUCAAACUGAUUGCCGUGAUAUUUGGUAAAGAGCAUCAAGUUCCCCAAAGGAUGAAUCUAACAACGUAGGUGAUCACAAGACUUUUCAUCCAAUCACAAUCUCCUCUUUUAUCCAACACUUCUAUCUUAUUAUUAUCAACUAUUGACCAAACUCCCAUCAGCUUCAGCUGGACUUUCAGAUUAAAGGAUAGUUUAAAGUUAUCUCUGAAUGAUUACAGCCACCAUUAACUCCGUCAUUGUUCAUAUGACAUGCGAGAAAGAUAGACUCCAAAUGUAAUGGUAUUCAGCUUUUCACCUAAGAAAGGAAGGGUAGAAGUGUAUUUCCCAAAAAUAUUCGGCAAUAAAGUGCUGCAGGAAUGAGUCCUAAAACACGGAUAUAAGUUAUUAAACUUUUAUUAACCGAUAACCGACCCUCGUUAACCGAUUAUUAACCGUUAACCGACAAGAUCAGUGCGUUGUAUGCAGCGGUGCGCCAGCUGCAGAGUCUGAGGACAACAGACAACUGAGUCCUCAGUUCACCCAGGGUGACCCUAAUCCUGAAAUAAAGUCUGUGGUUAACACGAGCUUAAAGGGAUGGUUCGGGUGUUUUGAAGUGGAGUAGUUUGAGGUACUGAUCCAUAGUAGGUGUAUUACUAACAGUAGAUGACGGCCGACAUGAGCACCGGAGCGAUGCAAUACAGUACUGUGGACGGCAGAAAAACAUAUUUUAGCCACCUAAAAGAAAUCAACAUCUGUUUAAGAGUAUGCUGUAUUUUUAAUAUUUUCCGACGUUGAACUGAGCUGAAAGUGAAAUGUAUCUGAACUGUUUUUGUCAUCUGAGCCUGCUCAUAGACAUAUAUACAUAGACGCCGCAUUGGACGAUACACAAAAACAAACAUUGCCAAUCAUUAAUUAGCACAUUAAGCACGUCAGGAUUGAGCUCAAAGGCUAAAGUACAGCUGAGGCUGACGAGCUCUCUCCUGUGAGAUGUCCUGAAAAGGUCACAGAUCUAUCAUUCGUCCUGUUUGAUUUGUGUGAUGGCUCAGGACAAAGUCAACCUUUUAUACCCCGUUAGAGGAAGGGCUGCACAGUUAAUGGAAUAUUAAUGGAGAUCACGGUUUUGGCUUCCCACGGUUAAGUGAACGUGAUGGACUACCACGUUGACGUUUAAAAUGCGCGCUGCAUUUCGGCUUCACUUUUGGGGAGCUGUGAUGCCCGUUUUGAAGCCUCGAGUUCAGCGUUUUUUGUUUUUUUUUUGCAACCAGAAGUGACAUCAGAGGGCGGAGCAAAGUACAACCGAACGCUGACAUUUUUAGGCAACCAAACAUUUUAUAAUUAACUUUGAUGAACUGAGAACGCACCGUGAAAGAGUUAAAGAUGAAAACACGGACAACUCCCAAGCCCAAAAGGUUUAGUACAACUUUAUUUUGAUGCAAAUAUUACUGUAGAUUAGCAGGAAUGUAGCCCAACAUGGAAGAGAAAGCAGCGCUCUGUUUAUUUAUAAAUGUGGAAGUGCAAUAAAUAUAUUUUGUCCCUAAAAUCAGUGAAUAAUCGUGAUAUAAAUAUUGAUGAAAAUAAUCAUGAUUAUCAUUUGAACCAUAAUGGAGCAGCCCUUAUUAGAGGUAAAGUCAAACGUUUCUCUGUGUUUUUCAUCCAUUCAGCGGUUUCUUUGUGGCAUUGCGGCGCCUCUAGCGUGGCUGUAGUCUGUUAGUCUUCUUAUUAACCACGAGCAUUAAAGUAUUUUAUUCAGCCUAUCUUCUGUUACAGGAGUUUCAGAAGGUGUUGGCAUUUUGGCAACAUGUUACAUAUCUAAUAGAGCAGUUCUCUAGAGUAGUACGGGAUUUGUUUUUAUCCUCCUGUGAUCAAUUUGUUUGGGGGGUGGGGGGAGCUGACCCAGUGCUUGAGAAGCCAGCGGGCCAGCGGGCCAUGUGUAGAGGCUUUAAGCUAUUAAACCUCUUUUAGAGGCUCACAGUAAUGUGGCCAGUUACAACUAGAGUGCCUAUGUUUACACCACAGACCGUCCACACACUACACUUCAACCUACUGUAAAGAACUACACAGAUGAGCCUGCACAGUGAAUCAGUGAAUCAAUGAAUCAGUGAAUCAGUGAAUCAGCCAUAACCUGGAGGCUGUUUUUGGGAGUUGGGGGGGUGGGAGUGGGAUUUCUGCACCAGAAAAUUGUACAGCAAUGUUGCAAUGCAAUGCAAUUUGAGAACAAUGCAACUUUUGUCUUUUAUGCAUGACAAUAUACAGCAGACAAAGCCAAGUUCAGGGAACUGUAGCCAUAAUCACCAAAUCACAAGAUUGCGUUGUAUGUUUUAGGCUGAGUGCCAUCAGGUACCGAACACCAGUAGUGCAAAGAAUAAAAUAUUUUAAGUAUUGUUUUAAAA